CUGGACUGUGAUAUAAAGUGUCCUUCGGGGUUCCAGAUCACGUUACCAGGCAUUGCAGUUGAUUCUUGGUUUCUGGGCUGCUACAGCCUCUCUCAGAGCACUAAGAAUCAGUUCUUUCAAUGUGUGUAUUUUCUGAAGAAAUUGUAAAGCCACAUUUGUUCUCAAAGCACAAAUUGGGGAAAGCAGGCUGCGGCUCCCAGCUCUCCGAUCUCUCGCUGGUGAAGCCAUGGCAUCAGUCCCUUCCAUUGGCUGUCUUCUGGCCACAAAUCAGUAUUAUCGAAAACCUAGUAUUUCUUCAGUUAGUUCAUUGACUGGCACUGAUUCUGUUAACAUCAUAGAUGAUGAGAAACCUCUACAAGGGUUACCUGAAGUGUCAGAAUCCACCUGGUGGUUUAAAUCCUUUUUCUACUCUGAACCUGUGAGAAGCAAAGCUCUGUCUGCCAGUGGCAUUCACAACUGAUUUUGAAAUGAAGAUUUCUCCCUGCUUUGGAGCUGCAGAGUUGAGCUCUAUCCUCGGUGUGCCAGCUAGUUCAGAGGACUCUUCUGACUUAGUGGUCAUCUACGAGACAAGAUAAAAAAGCCACCAGUAUAGCAGAAGUUGGUGAAUCCUCCUCAAUGCUAAGAGGGUCACUGGAAGUGGCAUCAGCCACAUGGAGAGUGGACGAUGUGCUUUUAGAGAAACGUACCUUAUUAGAGCAAAGAGUCUUUUCAUUAUUUGUAUUAUUUUUAUCUAGAAAUUUAAGUUAGACUCUUUUUAUGUCUGUCGAAUGACUUAUAAUGCUUUAAAAUGGAAGCAUCCAUGUUUCAUGUAAUAGUUUAAGUACUGGAUUCUAAAGCAUAGAAAAGUUGCAAAGUUGUAUUUCAAAUCAUAAAAGUUGGAAAUAGCAUCAUACCCUUAAAUGUACUACCUUUAAAAUACACUACUAUAGAUCUAAUUGUGUAGAGUUUAAAAUUCAUGAUCUUGGUACUUAAAAACAUGUAAAAUUAUUAUGGUACAACAUUAAGAACAAAGUAUGAUAAUCUAAAUAUAUGAUAUAAUGGUAGUUGUAUUAAAAAGUUACACAUGGAUAGGAAUAGAUUAGAAGGAAUGACACCAAAAGGGUGACAGAAGUUGUUAUGUUUAGAAAUGGGAUAAUGAAUAAUUAUAAUUUCCUUCUUGAUAUAUUUUUCUGUACCUUCACAUUUUCUAAGAUGAAAGUUUUUGUGUAUAAACAUAAAAUAAUAAAUGUUAAUAUAAAAAUAAAUACCAAAAUAAGUUUUCUGAAUAUACAUGUUCCCUAAAUUUAUCAGAAUAUUCUCUAUUUUCUCCAAUAUUGGGUAGAUAAAUGUUAAUGAGUUUUAUUUGGAAACCUUUAGUGAGCUGCUUAUAAAAUGAGAAGUAUUAAUAUAAAAUGAGAAGUUUAGAUGUUAGGGAUAUUGAAUUCACUCAGGCAGAUGUCACUAAAGAGAUGUGGCUAAUGUAGCAUUAAACAUCCAGUAGAGCACAUGUGAUUAUUACUCAACUACAGAAUCAUGACAAAAUGUCAAGCCUGAACUUUGUAUCUGUUGACAUUAAUGACUGAUCAUCUACUCUUUCCAAAUGGAAAAUACAUUUUUUUCCCAAUUUUGUUUUUCUCUAUCACUUAACUAUCAGUUAAGAACUCAAAUGCCACAUUCUCCUAUAUUGGUGAGGGCAAACCUUUUAGAGCUUUGAAUGAUACAAACAGCCUGCUGUGGCAUGGUUGCCAUAAGUUUGCCACCACUAUCCUAUAUCAGUGUUUAGAAAUUAUGGCUUCUCUGGUGUUUGCUUGUAUAUAUACUUUUUGUUAAUUUAUAGAAGCCAAUGAAAUAUUUGGUGUGUGUUUUACUUGGCUUAAGUCUAAAAUUAAACCACAACAAUUAGAGACUGAUUUUUUUUUAAGUGAGAGGAAAAACAGGGAAGCAAAAUGGUUAAUUGUAGGAGGUCUGUUUUUAUGUUUAUUUUAUCAACAAAUUUCAAUUUUCUUAACCACUUGUUAAAUAUGUGAACAGCUUAUUUGAUGAAUUUACCAAAAUAAGAACUCAGUCUCUACUUUGUUUACUUAGAAAGCUAUCACUUAUUAAAUUAUUUAAUUUUUUGGCUUA